AUGGAGAAACAUCCUCAAGCACUUCUGAUAUUUUCUUUGAUCUUCAUCACCUUUUCUGCCCUACAUCCCGUAGAAGCUCAGGACCAAAAAGGAUUUAUAAGUUUGGAUUGCGGGUUAUCGCCUACCGACCCUUCUUUCAACGAUCCUUCAACCGGAUUAACAUACUCAACAGACGAUGGUUUUGCGCAUAGUGGCAAAACCGGAAAAAUCAAGAAAGAAUUCGAGUCGAUCUUCAGUAAACCGGCUUUGACGCUUAGAUACUUCCCGGAUGGAGUCCGAAACUGCUAUACGUUGAAUGUCACGCAAGACACAAACUAUCUCAUCAAAGCCGUGUUCGUGUAUGGUAACUACGAUGAUCUUAACAACUACCCGAGUUUUGAUCUUUACCUUGGUCCAAAUCUAUGGUCAACCGUUGAUAUGAACGGGCGGACUAAUGGCACUAUCGAAGAGAUCAUCCACCGGACCAGAUCCAAGUCUCUUCAGAUCUGUUUCGUUAAGACAGGAACAAGUAACCCUAUGGUGAAUACCAUAGAGCUACGACCACUUAAGAACAAUACUUACAAUACUCAGAGCGGCUCGCUCAAGUAUUUCUUCCGAUAUUAUUUCAGCACUUCAGGCCGCAACAUACGGUACCCAAAUGAUGUCCAUGAUCGUAAAUGGUAUCCCUUCUUUGAUUCAAAAGAGUGGACAGAAGUAACUACCGAUCUUAAUGUAAACACUUCAAAUGGUUAUGAACCACCACAAGCUGUAAUGGCGUCGGCCUCAACGCCUAUAAGUACUUUUGCGCCAUGGAACUUCACAUGGUCAUUGCCGUCUUCAACGACCCAAUUCUAUGUCUACUUGCACUUUGCCGAGAUUGAAACUCUAAGUUCACUCGACACUAGAGAAUUCAAGGUGGAGUUGAAUGGGAAACUAGCUUAUGAACGUUAUAGUCCUAGAACGUUAGCCAUGGAAACUAUAUUCUUCUCAACACCACAACAAUGUGAAGGAGGAGAAUGCAUCUUGGAGUUAACGAAGACGCCCAAGUCUACUCUUCCUCCUCUCAUUAACGCUCUCGAGCUUUUCACCGUGAUCGAUUUCCCGCAGUUGGAAACAAAUCAAGAUGAUGUUGCUGCUAUCAAGGGUAUACAAAAUACUUAUGGAUUGAGUAAAGUUAGCUGGCAAGGAGAUCCAUGUGUCCCUAAACAGUUCUUGUGGGAUGGUUUAAACUGCAACAGUUUAGAUAUUUCAACGCCACCUAUAGUCACUUCCUUAAACUUAUCCUCAAGUCAAUUAACCGGUAUCAUCGCGCCUGGCAUUGAGAAUCUAAUCCACCUACAAGAGUUAGACUUGUCUAAUAACAAUUUGACUGGCGGAGUACCCGAGUUUCUUGCUGGCAUGAAGUCACUUUUGGUCAUAAAUUUAAGUGGGAAUAAUCUUAAUGGCUCUGUUCCUCAAACUCUUCUACAGAAAAAAGGGCUAAAGUUAAAUCUUGAAGGAAACUCAGAUCUUAUUUGUCCGGGUGGGUUAUGUGUAAGCAAAGACGGGAAUGGUUCCAAGAAAACAAAUGUUGUAAUACCGGUCGUUGCAUCGGUCGCCUUUGUGGUUGUUCUUGGAUCUGCAUUGGCUUUCUUUUUCGUGUUCAAAAAGAGAAAGACAUCAAACAAUGAAGCUCCAAUAUCAUAUACGCAAGUAUCGGAUGUUAGAACUGCCAGAUCUAAUUCAGAACCGGCAAUAAUGACGAAAAACAGAAGAUUUGCUUACUCUGAGGUAGUGACGAUGACAAAUAAUUUUAAAAGAGUACUUGGUAAAGGAGGAUUUGGAAUGGUCUAUCAUGGAACUGUAAAUGGUAAUGAACAAGUAGCCGUUAAAAUGCUCUCACACUCAUCUUCUCAAGGGUAUAAAGAAUUCAAAGCAGAGGUGGAACUUCUUCUAAGAGUUCACCACAAAAAUUUGGUUGGCCUCGUUGGAUAUUGUGAUGAAGGAGAAAACUUGGCUCUCAUAUAUGAGUACAUGGCUAAUGGAGACCUAAGAGAACAUAUGUCAGGAAACCGAGGUGGAUCUAUUCUGAAUUGGGAAACUAGACUAAAAAUUGUCGUUGAAUCUGCGCAAGGUUUGGAAUACUUGCAUAAUGGAUGCAAACCACCAAUGGUUCAUAGAGACGUGAAAACCACAAAUAUAUUGUUGAAUGAACAUUUUCAGGCUAAGCUAGCUGAUUUUGGGCUUUCAAGAUCUUUUCCGAUUGAAGGAGAAACUCAUGUCUCAACAGUUGUUGCCGGAACUCCUGGUUACCUUGAUCCAGAAUAUUAUCGAACAAAUUGGUUGAACGAAAAAAGUGAUGUUUAUAGCUUCGGAAUUGUACUACUAGAGCUCAUCACAAACCAGCCAGUGAUCAAUCAAAGUCGUGAAAAGCCACAUAUAGCAGAAUGGGUGGGCUUCAUGCUUACUAAAGGAGACAUCAAAAAUAUUAUGGAUCCAAAACUCUAUGGAGAUUAUGACUCUGGUUCUGUCUGGAGAGCGGUUGAACUAGCAAUGUCGUGUCUAAAUCCUUCUUCAGCUAGAAGACCAACAAUGUCUCAAGUUGUUAUCGAGUUAAACGAGUGUUUGGCAAAUGAAAACUCAAGGGGAGGAACGAGUCAAAACAUGAACUCACAGACUUCUAUUGAAAUGAGCAUGAACUUUGAUAUUGGAACUACCCCUGAUGCUCGCUAG